CAGAAAGCACGCGAAAUGGAGCUCCAUCGCGCCGGCGGCUCCUUCAUCGGCCGCAUCGACAUCGACCCUUCGGCAGCGCUCGCUGCCAAACACGAGACGACACACAACAAGAAGGCGGCGCAGAAGGCGACGCAGUGGGCACUGAUUCUCGACAACUCGGCGUCCAUGGGCCAGUGGUCGGCGCGCGUGGUGCAGCACGUCUUCCCGGCCCUGCUUCGCCGGCUCGGCGUCUCGGACAACGACAAGCUGCUCCUGAUUCUCUUCGCCAGCACGGCGGAGGUCUUCGAUAUCCGCGCGUGCGAGCUGCCGCACUUCAAGCUGCCGCAGCAGGGCUCGACGCAGAUGCGCGACGUCUUCGCACACCUGCCGGCGCGGCUCACUCCUGGCCGCCGCACCAACAUCCUGGUCGUGUCCGAUGGUGCGGUGCACGAUCAGGAGGCGUCCGUGGCAGCCGCCUCGGCCAUCGCGGCGCAGCUCACGGCGCUCAUGCCCAUUGUGACCGCUGCCGCGGUGCGGCUGAUCACGUCGGCUCGCGCCGAGCCCGACACUCGCGCCCUCGCCGCGUGGCUGCAGUUCAACACUGCAGCUGGCGAGCGCUCCGCAAUCGCCGACCUCGACGUGCACCGCUUGCCCGACCUCGACGGCGUGGUCGACGGCAUGGCCUCGCUCUUCGACGGCGCGGCGACGGCCUCCGCGUUCACGCUCACCACCGAUCCGCCGGCCAUCCACGUGCAGCCGUGGGACGCGACGGCGGUCGGCACGACCUACCUCAAGCCCGGCCCCAACGCCAUCUUCCUCGCCGCGCAGCCCGACACGGUCCUGCUCAACGGCGAGCGAGUGCGAGUGACGCUGGCGCCGGAGCCCGUCACCACCGACACGCUGGCCGCGCUGGUGGGCGACCGCGUGGACGCCUUCCUCGCAAAGCUGCGCGUCCUCAAGGUGAUCGCGAGCGAGCAGGCGACGGAGGAGAUGCAGCGCAUCGUCGCCUUCUGGCAGGGCUUCGAGACCGCCCUCGCCCCGCCGGCCGACUUUGCGCCCCUGCUCGCCGAGGGCGGCCUGCGGUCGCGCCGCCAGUACCUGCUCGCCGCGACGCAGCGCAAGCUCAAGUCGAUCACGAACGCAAUGCGGGCCGUCGCCAACGACGACCGCGUCGCGCGCCUCAACGC